AACAUAGUAUUAUCACACCCAUCUGUUGAUGAGAGACUGCUGUUGGUUAUCUUGUCUUUAAAAAAUGUAAUUCUGUUAGAUUUUUUUUUAUUAAAUCGUGAAGUUAUCAAACCUAAUUACUGGACAGCUGAGUCUAUCUGGAGCAUCGAAAAGGAUAUUCUUUUUCACUUUUUCCUGGAAUUGAUGACACCAGUUCAACCAGAAAACCCAUUAUGAUUUUCCAGGAAGCCACUGUAUGCAAAAUGAAAACCCUAAAGCUUGCCUAAGAAGACUGUAUUUUGGCUUGAACCUUACAGGUUGCCUUUGGCCAGAGAUCAUGAUGUUAACUGCCCCCACAUCAGAAUUAAACAGCCUGGGGUCUCUACCUAACGAUGCCCAGGAAACCACUAUCCAGAACAAAACAGGAAGGAGGAAGAAGAGCAUGCUGAAACAGUCAUGGAUGGAGAUCACCAUAGCCUUCAUGAGGAGGACCAAGGUCCACGGGCUGAAGUUUGUCUUCUCCCCAGACAAGACCUUACCCCAGCGGGUCCUCUGGCUCCUGGCCUUCUUUGUGUGCAUGGGUCUCCUGUUCACCUGGUCCUGGAACCGCAUCCUCUACCUGAUGUCCUACCCGGCCGUCACCAAGAUCAAGAUGGUGUGGGCUCACAACAUGUCCUUCCCGGCUGUGACCUUCUGCAACCACAACCUGUUCCGGGUGUCCAGUCUGACCAAGGCUGACCUAUACCACAGCGGCUACUGGAUGGACCUGAUGCAUCAGAACCACACGGUCAUGGAGAGGAGCCUGGCUCUUCUGAGGGACAACCACAAGUACAGCCUCCUCAACCUGCUGGACUUCAAUGGCUACACCCCGUCUCCACAUUACCAUGUCAACACAACUGAGAUGAUUGGCAGGCUGGGCCACCAACUGGAGGACAUGUUGCUGGAAUGCAGGUUCCGGGGGGGGAACUGCACCCAUCAGAACUUCACCACUAUUUACACGCGGUACGGAAAAUGCUACACGUUCAACUCUGGUUUGGAUGGCAACCCGAUGUUGACAACGUUGAAAGGCGGGACAGGAAAUGGGCUGGAGAUCAUGUUAGAUAUCCAACAAGAUGAAUACUUACCUGUUUGGGGAGAGACAGAUGAGACCUCGUACGAAGCAGGCAUCAAGGUUCAGAUUCACAGCCAGGAUGAACCUCCCUUCAUUGACCAGCUGGGAUUUGGUGUGGCCCCUGGUUUUCAAACUUUUGUGUCAUGUCAGCAGCAACUGCUUCAGUACCUCCCUCCCCCAUGGGGAGACUGCAAGUCCACUCCCAUCGACUCUGAGUUCUUCUCCACGUACAGCAUCACAGCCUGCCGUAUCGACUGCGAGACACGCUACCUGGUGGAGAACUGUAACUGCAGGAUGGUCCACAUGCCUGGGACCUCAACAGUAUGCACACCAGAGCAGUACAAAGACUGUGCAGACCCAGCUUUAGACUUCUUGGUAGAGAAAGACAACGACUACUGUGUGUGUGAGACACCCUGCAGCAUGACACGCUAUGGCAAAGAGCUGUCCAUGGUGAAAAUACCCAGUAAAGCCUCUGCCAAAUAUCUGGCCAAGAAAUUCAACAAAACUGAACAGUACAUCGGAGAAAACUUACUAGUCCUGGACAUCUUCUUUGAGGCAUUGAAUUAUGAGAAGAUUGAACAGAAGAAGGCGUAUGAAAUUGCAGGGUUACUUGGUGACAUUGGUGGGCAGAUGGGUCUGUUCAUUGGAGCCAGUGUUUUAACGAUAUUGGAAAUAUUUGACUACUUAUAUGAGGUAUUUAAGGAUAAAGUUUUGGGUUACUUCAUGCGCAAGAAACGACCGCAGCGUUGUCCAAGCGACAAUCUGAGCACCUGUGACACCCUCCGGAGUCACUCGGACAGUCUCGGAUUCACGCCGAACAUGUUACCUCGUCACCCGACUCUAGGCAACUUUGAGGAGUUUGCUUGUUGACGACAUAAAGCAGGGUGGGGGUGAAGGGGGGGGGCACGUGGGAUAUUCGGGGUUUGACAGAAAACUGUGAAAUAACAUGUAUUAUUACAAACAUGGUUAGUGUAGAGUAGUAGGAUCUAGCGAUUGCCUGAUUAGAAAUAGAACACUAUCAUAAGAAUAAAACCAUUUCCAAAGCAGAACUCAGGUGACGGACAUAUCAAGGCGUCGACGAAACUAUUUAUUUGAUGUUCCAUUCAUGUUGCAUUCUAUUAAACAGGGUGACAUUAGUGUGUUUGAAUUGGUUUUAAUCAGCCUAGUAAUGUAUAAGACUAGUAAUGUAUAAGACUAGUAAUGUAGAUGGAGAGGACUUCAGAGUGGUCUCAGUUCAUGUCAACUUAUUUAAACCAUUGUAAUAUACUCAACAAAAAUAUAAACGCAACAUGCAGCAAUUUCAAAGAUUUUCCUGAGUUACAGUUCAUAGGAAAUAUAUGAAUUAGGCCCUAAUCUAUGGAUAUCACAUGACUGGGAAUACAGAUAUGCACUUGUUGGGGUGUGGAUUAGGAAAUCCAAACCCCAGUAUCUGGUGUGACCACCAUUUGCCUCAUGCAGCGCUAAACUUUUCCUUCGCGUAGAGUUGAUCAGGCUGUUCAUUGUGGUCUGUGGAAUGUAGUCCCAUUCCUCUUUAAU